GCAUUAACAUUUAGACCAAGAUUUCUCAGAGAGCUUAUUGUAGGUUCUUAAAUGACUCCAGCAAUUGACCCAUCGCUGAGCCCCGCCUCCUCCCAAAGUUAUGGUUUCUACGCAGGCUGUCAAAUUUUCUAUCUUCACACUCCUGCAGUACCCUCCACAGGACUCCCCAGGGGAUAUAGUCAUAAGCCUUUUCCAAGUCCACAAAACACACGUAGACUGGAUGGGCAAACUCCCAUGUCAACCAAAAGUUAUUCUCCAUAGCCUCUCCGAACUCUCCCACACCCAGGUUCUUGCCUCCGUGACCACUGAACCGGCAGCCCUUCUGCUGCUUCAGGAGCGCCCGGGGCUAACCGAGCCGAAAAGGCCUCCUUCUUCAUCUUGAGGGCUCCUUCGCCGUUUGUGUCUACCAGUGGGUUCUUAGGUUUCCACCAUGACAGGCACUGAUGACCUUCUGACCACAACUCCUCCACAAUGGAGGCUUUGAACACGGCCCGCUCGUCCCCACGACGCGUUCUUCCGUAGGUGGGAGUUAACAACCUCAGCAACAGGGUCCUCAGCCAGACGCUCACCCUCACUACACAUUUGGGUUUACCAGGUCUGUCCGGCAGUCUCCCCCGCCAUCUGUUUCAACUAACCACCAGGUGGUGAUCAGUUGAGAGCUCUGCUCCUCUCUUCACCCGAGUGUCCAAGACAUACGGCUGCAGGUCUGAUGAUACGACCACAAAGUUAAUCAUCCUUCUUUGGCCUAAAUUACACUAUACAUGGUGUUUGUUACGGCUGGCUCUGGUUUCCCUAUUCCGGGCAAGGUGCUGCAACUCCAUCAUGGCCGGUUCACCUAGGGUCUAUGGAUUGCUCUAAAUUGGGCUCCUCAUCUGGGACCAGUUUGCCUUGGGAGACCCUACCAGGCGCUACUUCCCCCGACAAUUCAGCUCCCACGUUCACAAACCCAUCCACUACGAUAAGGUGGUGAACAUUUCAUGGUUCCAGCUUCACAAAUGUGAAGAUUUGCUGUUUUUCCCUUUUAAUGAUUUUAAUGUAUUGUUAAUAAUGUUGAGGUUUGGACUGUCGGUUCGACAAACCAAACAUCGUGAAGGCGUCACUUUGGGCUCUGGCUCUUUGUCACGGCAUUUCUCACUAUUUUCAGGAUUUUUACAAACCAAACAAUCAAUCGAUUAAUGGAGAAAAUAAUCAUCAGCUGCAGUCCGAUACAAAACUGUUCAAAACGAGCUCCACCUCAAAAACAGUAAAAUCCUGCUUUUACAUUAAUGCAUGAGGAAUAAUAAACUAAUGAUAUGAUAUAUAAUAUUAUAACAGUCACAGGAGACAUUUUACUGCACCGAGAUCUUUAAUACUUUAAAUAGAUUUUCUUGAUUAUACUUAUACUUUUACUGAAGUUACAUUUUCAACGCAGGACUUUUACUUGUAUUAUCACAGUCUAGUAUUAGUACUUUUACUUAAGUAAAGGAUCUGAGUACUUUCUCCACCACUGACUAAAUGAUAGUAGUUGUAGCACCAUGCUGAAGUGUGUGUCUGUGUACCCUCAGUGUAUUAGGCUGAAUAAAACAUGGCAGUGAGACUCUGUUGUUAACAUGAGCAUGACUUUAAUGUUUCUGAAUAAUUCAGAGAAGCAACCCGGCGCUCCAUCAACAUCCUGACUCCACUACAGCAGGAGUUAUGAAAGAGGGCUGAGAUGGAUGAAGAGGCAACAGAAGGAAAGGGAGACGAGGAAGGGUCCACCAGCGUCAGUCGAAAGAGGCGGAAAUCCCAUCAUGGUGUCUUGACGACCGCCCGCAGAGAUUGAUUUCAUCCACCAACAAGUUCGGAGAUUGCUUUGGACCUAGAGGAUUUUUUUUUUUGGAGAGCAUUGUGUGACCUGAAGAUGUGCAGCGUUGAACAAAAAUAUUCUCCACCUCCAAGUUACUCAAGAAAGUGAACAAAACAGUGCUGCUCCCAGAGAUCAACAUGCAAGCUAUAAGAAGUUGGCCUCUGUUGCUCGUCUGUCUUCUGUCUUGCCUGCUUCGUCAUAAUCCCCUGCUGGCUUUUUCACUGAAAAACUGUACGAUUGCCUAUUCUGAAAAUGCAAAUAAUCAGUGGGUUAUAUGCAAAGAGCGUGACCUCACUGCUAUUCCCGAUGACAUUCCCAGAAAUGCGACAUCACUAGAUCUGAGCCUUAAUCAACUUUUAAAGAUCACCCGGACAGAUUUAAGAUGUUUAUCAAAGCUCACCGCUGCACAAGUUCAAUAUAAUUUGAUUUCACACAUUGAUGAUGGAGCUUUUGCAGACUUGGUAGAGUUAAGGACCCUUAUCAUGGAUCAGAAUAAACUCACAAACCUGACAGACGACAUGUUUCAAGGACUGUCCAAAUUAGUCAUGCUGUCUCUGUACAACAACCGUAUCUCGUAUAUCUCCCCUGCGGCCUUUCAGUCCUUGGUCGGCAUACGGACAGUAAUUCUGGGCGCUAACCUCCUACAUCAAAUUUCAGACAUUGCUCCAAUUUUAAAACUACCAACUUUACAUGAUUUGUUCCUUGGGUAUAACAAGUUUACCUCUUUUCAGUCAGACGACCUGCACGUUAACGUCUCAAACCUCAAGUUACUGCGUCUAGGUAUGAACCCACUGAGAAAGUUCAGCAUUACAAAAGACAUCUUUCCUUAUCUGCAGUCUCUCGACUUGUCAGAGUGUAGCUGCGACAUCGAGUGGGAUGUAGCAAACAAGACCUUUCUGAGGAGCCUAACUAUUUUGUCCUUUAGCGGAACUUAUAUUAGCUUUGAGGCGUACAGAGCGAUGCUGCGGACCGCUGACUCGCUACAAAAACUUGUGCUGUACGUCAUGAAAGAGCGGAUAGAGGAAGGCCUCAUAGACAUCGCCUGCCGAAUUCCUUCUCUAAGAACUCUUGAUGUAUCGAUCUGCAAAAUUGGCACCAUAGAUGAUAACCUGCUGCGGUCUUGUUCGCAGCUCACUGAGCUCACCUUUUCUGGUAGUGACCUGUCUGAGCUGUCCGAGCAUUCACUCAGAUCAAUGACACAGCUCAGGCUUCUGACAUUGAACGGUAACCAUCUGUCUAAACCGCCACUUGCACUCAGAGGACUCUCCAUACUGGAAAUCUUGGAUCUAAGCUCCAACUACAUCAGUGAGCUCGACUGCCUCGACUUCCUGGAUUUGACAAGAUUAACAAACCUUAAUCUCAACCACAAUCGCAUUUCAAAACUUCAAGGAUGUGUUUUUCAAAACUUAAACAAUUUGAAAGUCCUCGAUGUUGGAGAAAAUGCUUUUUUCACUUUUGAAAAUACCUUCAAAGUUAAUUUGCGGAAACUAGAAUCUUUGAUUUUGCACAAUAAUGGACUCUUAGAGCUCACGCAAGGAGACUUUAGGAAUCUGUCUUCCCUCAGUCUUUUGGAUUUAGAAUCAGACACGUAUUACAAUGUGUUUGACGGGGCUUUUGAAGGACUCACUAAUCUCCAAACUCUUAGUCUUUCACUUGAUAAUUACAGAAAAGAGCUUUUCAGAGGGCUACCGCAAUUAGAAAAUCUGACACUACAUCUUACCUUUAACUGGAACCAGAGGAGUUCUCAACAAAAUGACGAGCCACCUUUCUCAAAUUUACCCAAUCUGAAGAAGCUUGUUUUCAAAGUCUACGACGCAUAUAGUGUUGAUGUUUCACCAGAUCUGCUCAAGGGUCUGAAAUCUUUAGAGUGCUUAAUGGCUGAUCAGUUCUUUAUGAAGUCAUUGCACCCAGACACAUUUAAAUACACUCCCCGACUGAAGAGCCUUCAGAUAAUCCACAGUGAUCUGUCAGAUUUAACCCCUGAACUGUUUUGGCCAAUCCCAAACCUGCAGGCACUCGAUCUCUCCAACAAUAAAUUCAGCUCUUUAGAUUUCCUGGCCAGGGCCAAACUGCUGGCUCUCAGCUGGCUGAAACUCAGUGAGAAUACAUUGUCGGUCAUCAAUGAGACAGUCUUCCAAUCCCUCCCUGCCUUGACAUAUCUGGACCUGACUGAUAACCCUCUAACAUGCACAUGCUCUAAUUCUGGCUUUAACCAAUGGGUGCAGAGCAACAACCAGACACAGGUUGUUAAUGGCCACCAGUACACUUGUGCCUUUCCUGUGAACCAACAGGGAAACAAGUUCCUGGACUUUGACAUCCACUCCUGUUGGAUAGACGCUAGCUUCCUCUGCUUCAUUUCCAGCACUUGUCUGAUUGUGCUUACUCUCCUCGCAUCCUUCAUCUACCACUUCCUGAGGUGGCACCUAGCCUACGCAUACUACCUCUUUCUGGCCUUCCUCUACGAUAAGAAGAGGAGAAAGAAGGGCACUCCUCACCACUACGAUGCUUUUGUCUCCUACAACAUUCACGAUGAGGCCUGGGUCUACAGAGAGAUGCUUCCAGUGCUGGAAGGAGAGCAAGGCUGGAGACUCUGUCUGCACCACAGAGACUUCGAACCAGGUAAGCCCAUCGUAGAAAACAUUACAGAGGCCAUCUAUGGCAGCAGGAAGACCAUCUGUGUGAUCAGCCGGCACUACCUGCAGAGCGAGUGGUGCUCCAGAGAGAUCCAGAUGGCCAGCUUCCGCCUGUUUGAUGAGCAGGAGGACGUGUUGAUCCUGCUGUUUAUGGAGGAAAUCCCAGCCCAGCAGCUGUCUCUGUACUACAGAAUGAGGAGUGUGGUGAAGAGACGCACCUACCUGAGCUGGCCGCAAGCCGGUCAACACACCGGAGUCUUCUGGCAGAACGUAAGUCGAGCUCUGGACACAGCUGAAAGACCUACUGAGCACGCACACCACCUCACUAGACACCCGAGCUUCAUCCAGUGAGGUUUCAUUCAGUGGUCUUUGAAAUUAAAAACCAGAAAUGAGGAAAAAAA